CAUGACAACACAAAUAAAGAAUGAUACAAAAUUAUCAAUGUAGUGUGCACUUUUGCUUUAUAGGUAUAUAAAAAUUAACAAUAAACAAGAGACAUUGAAUCUUUAACGAAUUGUUUACAUUUUAAUUCCUUAAAUGAGAAUACCCAUUUAAAAACAAACUAUCAACCCACCCACUCAUUCACUCAUUCUCUAAAACACCAACUCAUAUAUAUAUAUAUGCACACACACACACAAUAUCUAUAUGAUAUUGUGCAUUUCAAUGAGAAUAGUUUCUUCAGUGUAAAUGAUUUAUACCAUGCCAACCAUUCUAUACAUAGUUGAUAUGGAUUGAAAAAUGAACUACCAAUUUGUCUCUAUUACAAAAGAAUGCUGAGUCUAUAAUUAUUAAGGAAUUGGUUAGAUCAUUCAGAUUUUACAAAAAAAAUGGUAUUAUUGUUUAUGAACUGGACACAACUUGAUCAAGUUUACAAUAUAUCAUCUUGAUAUUCAUGAAGUACAAAAAGAUGCAUUAUGUAUAAAGUGUCGAAGAAUAUGGAUUUAAUCAAUUCAUUACUUUGAUUCAACAACUGUUUAAUGAAAGAAUCUUGAAAAGAUAAGAACAUUGAAUGAUAUUGUGUUAGGUUUCACCUAGUGUAUCAGUAGUUUAACAAUUUACCGAAUCUUUUGAGUAAUUCUACCUGGAUGUACAUUUUUAUUUGUGUUGAGUUUUUUUGAAAACGAUAACUAAUCUUACUCAUUUCUUUCAAUUUCUCGCAUUGUGUUUCACUGAGGAUAACAUAAAGAUAAUAUAAAGGAUAAUAUAAAGAUAGUAAAAAACAUGGGUUGGUUUCAUCGGCAUAGUAAAAAAAAAUAUAAUCAAUAUGAGAAUUUUGGGAUUCAUACACCAAAAAAGUCAAUUCUUCGAUCAAGUUCUCGUGUUAAUCCCAAUCUGAAUUCGUUAGACGAUAAAACUUUUGAUUCAGAUAUUGCAACUAGUGUGUCUUUGGUUAAUCUGCGAUCUUCACCUUCAGAAAUCAGGCGCAGGUUUCAACCAACAAAUCGAUCGUCACAUUUAAAUGGUAGUGACCAAUCAGAUAGUGAAAAUGAGAAUCAUUUGGGUCGUGGUCAUAGGAGCGUUUUGUUUCUUGACCAAGUUGCAGCACCGGAUCGAUAUCGCACAUCAAGAGUCUUAGAUUUUGAUUCUGAACCAAGUAAUUACUCCACAUUUAGCCGUAGAUCACCAUCAUUUCCUCGAACUAUCAGUCCAUCGUCAUCAUCAUCAUUAGCCUCUUAUCCAGCUAAUUAUGAACCAUCACCGUUAAUACGUAAGAAGAAUUUUGAUGAUCCAGGUAUUGAGCUGGUCAGUUGUAGUCCACUUUCGUGUUCAUCAAUGAAUAAUCGCCAAAAUCAUCACCAACAUCAUAAUUUUAAAAUGCAUAAAUUUAAACCUGCCAUAAAACGGUUAUCCUAUUUGAACGCAUUUGGUAGAAAACAUAAAGAUCCGAAAAGAGGCAAUCUUACACUGAUAUUAGAUCAAGAAUUGGAUAGCAUCGAUGAUGGUAAUAAUAAUAAUAACGAUGAUGAUGAUGAUGAUGAUAAUUAUAAUAAUAAUAGUAAUGAUGAACACCGAGAAAUCCAUAGACAAUACAAUGAACAUGAUGUCUAUGAAGAAUUACCACGUUUAGAUACAUUGAAACUGUCAUCAAAUGAUUCAUAUUCAAGUGAUGUACAUGAUAUAUUUACUAUACAAAAUUAUGACGAUAAUUGCUUCUAUAAAAAUAUUCGAAAAAAUGAAUUAAAUCAUUCAAGAAAUACUCUAAAUGAAAGAAAAGGGACAAUUAUCAAGAUUGAUCGUCAUAAAUCUGACGUUCAUCAGUCCGAAUUCAUGUAUCGCCUUAAUCAAUUGAAAGUUAUUUCAAAAUGCAACUCUAAUGGUAUUGAUUUCAACAAGAAAAACUCGACACAAUAUCGUUCAUCCAAUUCAGAACGCACUCCAACUGGCAGUACUGAAACAUUAGUUGACUCAUCAAGAAAAUCAUCAUUAGACACAUCCGUCAUCCAUAUAAAUGAACAAAGUAAACUAUUGUACACAGGUUAUUCAAAAACUGUACAAAGUUCUAACUCUUAUCACAGUCGGGUGGUUGAUACUAAUAAAACUGGUUGGAAAACAGUGUCAGUUGACCAGCCACAAAAACAGAUUGGUAAUAAUGAUAAUAGUACUAAUACUAAGAACAAUCAUACAGCAAAUCCACAAAGUCCUCGAAUCAUUUAUGUAUCUAAAUGGAAUGAGAAUAAUAGUAAACUAUCUACUAAUCCGAACAACAUUCCUAUUUCUGGAUUAUCAAAUUCAAGUAAAUUGGGAGCUUAUUCAUCACAAAGUAAUGAAUCAGAUCAAACUCAAAUGAAUAAAUUUAAACAUCCUAAUCAUGUUGUUUCUCCAGUUCAUAAAACAAAUUUGGUUACUAUUCAAUAUAGUGAUAACGAUGACUGAAAAAUAUAAUCUUCGAAUUGUAUUCUUACUUCUAUGAAUUCUUUUUUGAAUACUUACGGAAGUGUAAUGUUUAUUCUUUUAGAGUUAACUUGGAUUAUCCUUCACUAUAAUUUACUAUUUUAUCUUAUCAGAAUUUCCUAUUACCUUAAGUACUCAAACAAUGAUAAUCUACAGAUCAAAAACAUUAUUUUGUAAACACAAAAAAAUGUAUGAAUUCUUUAUUCUUAUUCAGUGAUUGGGUGAAUAUCUAUUUAACACUGACUGCUGAUUGGUCAAUUUGAAAGAAACAUUAUGAAGUAUUAACCAAUCAUUAUCAACUAGUCGUUUAGUUCUCCGAAAACCAAUCAAAAUUUAGCAUCAAACGAAAAGUUAAAUGGAUCCAAAAAAAAUCAGAUCUAUCUUUAUCAACAUAGUUUUAUGUAUUGAAUAAGUAAUAAAUUAACUUUGAGCUUCUUAAUCACUGAUAUAGAAGACUAUGUUUUAUACAUUCCUAAAAUGACUAUUUUAUAGCAGUACAUAUACCGUAGAGAAUAUUGAUGAAUACAUUUCUGUUAAGAAGUAAGUUGAUCUAUGUAAACGUUAUUAUAAUAGAUAAUUUAAUAACAAUAAGUUGGCUGAAUACUUUGUUAAGUGACACUAAUAGGUUAAAAAGUUACAAAUGCAAUCAUAUGUUGAUUUUGAUUUUCCUCUAACUGAUCUCCUCUCACUCAGUUAAACUUUAGAACAAUUUACUUCUAAAUGUACUAUUUUCAGUAACAUUUACUUUUCGCUUUCAUCUAAUCCAUCGAAUAUAUUUGUUUAAAAUAAAUAAAGUAUAUUGACGACUGAAUAGUCAGUUUAAUCUUAUUUUUGAUUUUUAAUAAAAUUUAAAUUGUUCAGACUUUCUUUUUUGGUUUAAAGUUUUAAUCACAAUUUGUGAUGUGCAAACAAAUGAUUAGUCAACUCAGAUAAUCUCAUAUUUUAUGUUAAUGGAUUAUUGUUUAAUACUGAGGAAUUUUAAGGUUGAUUGAUACUGCACAACUACUUCAUUAAGACAGAGUUGAAAAAGAGUCAUA